ACUUUAAGUCGGACUAUCUGUGACGCUCUCUAAGUUUUCGGACUAUCUGUAACGAUCUCAAAGUUGUCGAACUAUCUGUGACGAUCUCUAAGUUGUCGGACUAUCUGUAACGAUCUUAAAGUUGUCGGACUAUCUGUGACGAUCUCUAAGUUGUCGGACUAUCUGUGACGAUCUUAAAGUUGUCGGACUAUCUGUGACGAUCUCAAAGUUUUUCGUUAGAGGAACAAAUGAAAUAGCUAUGAAAUAGGCUUACAGUUAGAAUUGUUUCUUUUUCAGUAGUUCAAUUUGUGUUUUGAUUAGCAGCUGUUCAAAGUUCUUGAAGACAGCAGAUGUAACAAGCAGGAAAAAACAAUAAUAAUAAUAUACUUAAUCAUUUUAAAACUCGCAACUAGAAAAGGGCCAUCAUUGGUAAAAAUAGUAAACAGAUUUACAGUUCAAAGUGAGCGACAGCUGUUUAUAAACUAAAAUAAAUUGUAUCGGAGAAUUACAAAAAAUUAUUACAAAAAUCGCUUAAAAAUCUAAUUUGAAAAAAUUGUUUGUGAUCCAUAUUUCAUUUCAAAGUGAGGUACUUUACUGAAUGCUGUCAGCCAUGGCUUGCUGGAUUCCUAUACUUGCUGUGAUCAUUUUGUUAGAGGAUUCAAGUUCAUCAGAGAGGGCAAAUGUCGUCAUCAAAACUGGCUCCUAUGAUUAUGGCCAGUGCAUUGUGGAGGUGAAUUUUUUAAAACCGAUUUUAAUAUAAACUUGUAGUAAUAAAAAUUCUACAUUCUCAUGUGGCGCAUUUUACAUGAAUUUUGACUGCAGUCAGUCGGUACGCACGUGCACAUUAUCCUCUUCCAAACAGAUGAAUAUCAUUUUUAUAUUUUCAUUCUGUCAUAAAAAUAAAUAUUACGAAUUUUUAAAACAUAUUAAAGUAAAUCAUUAUUUUUCCUGAAAUAAUUUUCGAAAACAAAGAUUAUCUAACAAUGAUGUUUAUGUUGGCAACUUGAGCGCUUAAAAAAAAUAGUUUUUCUAUGUUUGUUCAAUCCACCACUUUGCCCUGUCAGAAGAAAGAGACGGACCCCAUCUUAGAAUACAGAAAGAUUAUCUAACAAUGAUGUUUAUGUUGGCAACUUGAGCGCUUAAAAAAAAUAGUUUUUCUAUGUUUGUUCAAUCCACCACUUUGCCCUGUCAGAAGAAAGAGACGGACCCCAUCUUAGAAUACAGUUUGAUAAAGAAAAUACUAUUUAAAUAGAAAUGGCGGUCACGGACCCUACUACACCUGUUCACAGAUCCCCAAAGAGUCCGUAAGCGACAUGUUAAGAACCACUGAUUUACACAAGCAUACCAAAUGUGAUUAAUGAAACAAAACUUGUGGCUCGGAAAAUAAUUUGAAACCUACUAAAAAUUUGUCUAUGUCUCUGGCACAGGGUAGGUACACCGUCAACUUGGACUCAUUUAAUUCUCUGGAGACCAAAGAGUUCCACAACGUUGGCUCAGAGUGGACAGAGCGAUGUAGAACCUGUUCCUGUGAUGUCCUGGGGGUCUGGUGUGUUGGUCCAGUGUGUGAGGUACCAUACGACUUUACUCAGGAUAAAUGGUGUAUUAGGGUGAGUCAUAAGACAAGUGGUGUGUUAGGGUAAGACAUAAGACAAGGGGUGUGUUAGGGUAAGACAUAAGACAAGGGGUGUGUUAGGCUAAGUUAUAGAUAUAUAGCAAGCAUAUAUCCUUGCCCUUUAGGAUGGAUGUAUGAAUGGCCAGAUGCUGGAAGCAAGUCAUUUGCGCUACAAAUUUACUUAUUUCUUCAACAAAUUGACUUAUGUCUUCAACAAAUUGACUUAUGUCUUCAACAAAUUGACUUACUUCUUCAACAAAUUGACUUAUGUCUUCAACAAAUUGACUUAUUUCUUCAACAAAUUGACUUAUUUCUUCAACAAAUUGACUUAUUUCUUCAACAAAUUGACUUAUUUCUUCAAAACAAAUUGACUUACUUCUUCAACAAAUUGACUUAUGUCUUCAACAAAUUGACUUAUUUCUUCAACAAAUUGACUUAUUUCUUCAACAAAUUGACUUAUUUCUUCAACAAAUUGACUUAUUUCUUCAAAAAAUUGACUUAUUUCUUCAACAAAUUGACUUAUUUCUUCAACAAAUUGACUUAUUUCUUCAACAAAUUGACUUAUUUCUUCAACAAAUUGACUUAUUUCGUCAACAAAUCGACUUAUUUCAACAACAAAUUGACUUAUUUCUUCAACAACAUGGAUUUAUCCGCUAUGAAUAUAUUAUUGGUUUACAACAGGCCUGCACAACAUACGGCCAGCGGGCCGCAUCGGGCCCGCCAGCACCCACUUUGCGGCCCGCGAAGUAACGGAAUAUUCUUUAUUCUUAUUAUUUUCUUAAAAGCUUUCACCCUGACCUAUAUUCUUUUUGCCCGCAUAAGUCCUGUCCUAUUUUCUUCUUGCCCGCAAAGUUUUUCAUAAUUUAUUACUGCCCGCCUUACAUUUUGAGUUGUGCAGGCCUGGUUUACAAGAUUGAAAUUAAAAGACGCAUCAAUUUAAAAUAUGGGACCAAAAAAUGUGUCUUGAGGGUCCCAUGAUGAGCACUAAAAAGUUUCAGUGCCCAACUUGCCUCCAUGACUAACCUUUGUUUUCUAUUGGGCUUCAGUGGUCACAUGACGGCUGCUGUUGUGAACAGCUGGGGUGUAACGUUGACGGGGCGCUGUACAGCCUGGGGUCAUCCUAUCCGUACGGUGAAGGCAAUACAUGUCUGAUGUGCACCUGCGAGAUAGGUACGUCACGUCAGCACUGCCUACGUCAGAGAUGCGGGACGUACAGCGUCAUGUGCGAGGAGGGACAGGUGACGUAUGACGAGGACUGUUGUCCCCACUACCAAUGUCCUAUUGGAGGUUAGUAAACACAGGCACAUGUCCCACAGGUGGUAACAUAACAUUACCAUUGUCCUCCUUAAGGUAAGGGUCUCACCGUGAGGUAAUUUGUCUCAUAUGAAAAUGUGCCGAAAGACGAAUAGAACAUUCAUUUUAAAUAAAUGAAAGUAUUCUGAAUUCUUGUUCUUACAAAUAUGUCAGCUAUCAGAGAGAAAUAAAACACAACCUCCUUUCACAAAGUUCCUUUCAAGAGUUUCUCACUACUAAAACGUACGUAACAAAAGAGACUAGACCGGUGUUUCCCUACAUGGGGCCCAUGCCCCACAAGGUGGCAAUUUUAUUUUUUAGGGGUGGGGGGGGGGCAAUUGGAAAAUGAGCGGCCUAGAAUUUGAAAACCAAGCGUUUACAAUGAUUAUCUUGCAUUUUGAAAAAAAAACAACAAAAAAACAAAAAAACAACCCAGCAACAUUAAAGUCUCUAUUUACUGCGCAUACUGCAACUAUCAAUUGUACUCUUGAUGCUAGUUAUGAAAUUUCCUAAAUCUGGGAAAAAUCAUGCUCUAUGAGAUAAUUAAAUCAAACCAUCAAUAACAGCAUUUCAUAAAGCGGUUCUGGAAAAGGUUGACAAAGACAUGAAAGGUAUGCCACUCAGUAGCAAUACUGUUAGCGGGAGAAUAGACGAAAUGGGUUAAGAUAUUGAAAUAAAACUUGUUGAAAAGCUGAAAAAAGAUAAUUCUCAGUGCAAAUGGUUGAAUCAAGUUUGAGACACAGUGAGGCUGUAUUGAUAACUAACUUAAGAUUUAUUGAUAAGGGUAUUUUGCUGAAGAAAUGUUGUUAUGUCAAUCAUUAGAAGCACCACUACCACCAGAGAUAGAUUAUUUUUAUAUAAUAAGGUAAAACAUCAACAUAGAUGUCAAUAAGAUACCAAUGAAAAUAUAACUUCUUGUGCUGCAGAUGGUGCUCCUAAUAUGAUGGGCAAGAACAAUGGCUGCUUAAAAUUGAUGAAAGAUGAGAAUCCAGAAAUGCUUCUUGUGCAUUGUGUUUUUAUAGGGAAGACUUGGUAGCUAAAAACAUUUCACUUCUUCAAAAUGAAGGACUCAAAUCAAUUCUAAAAUGUAUUAAUGUUAUUAAAUUAAUGCAAAAUGUGAACGUCUUUUCAAGCUUUUUUGUGAAAAGUAAAAUGUGGACUUUGUGACACUUUUACACCACACUGAAGUAAGAUGGCCUUCGAAAGAAAAUUGCUUGAAAAGAUUCAUAGAACUAUUUGAUACUCUUGUGAUUUUUUAAAGUAACGAACCUGAUAAGAAGAUUUUUGGUUUCAUUAUCUUUAUUGAAUAUUGUCAGAACAAUACUUACAACAAAAAUUUUGAAAAGUUUAUUUGGCUCUAGUCGUUCAUCUGAAAAUUCUAUCCGUUGAUUUAAAAGAAAGAUUUUCUGAUUUGAAACAAAAUGAUUUUCCAACUUGGAUGAUGCAGGAAAUGUUAAUGGAUUUGUCUGAUAUUUCAAAUAUGUAGUGUCAAGAAGAACUCGAAGAAAUGCAAAAUUAUGAUUCAGUUAAAACGUUAUUGAAUAAUCAAAGGAGCGAGGACACUUGUGAGUAAACGGAAAUCAAAUCUCCAAAUUCAGCCAAAUGUGCAAGAAAACUAUUGUUACCGUUUCCAUCUUCAUAUUUAGCUGAAUGUGGAUUUAGUGCCAUAAAUGAUUUGUUGAAAAAGAAAUGGGCUGGAUACCACACUACGGGGAGACUUGAGACUGAAGCUAACUCAACUGGAACCUGACAUACAAUCUCUUGGCAGCAAGCCUCAAGCACAAACCUCUCACUAAAGUUACAUGAUAAAUAAUUACUAAUCAUUGAAAUAAUAUAGAAAAAUCUUUCAUUAAAAUUAUUUCGAACUUUAUAUUCAGUUCCCCAUUAAAUGUUUUGAAAAUGUACUUAUUUUCUUUUCUCAACAAAUGCCUAGUGAUUUCUCCCUAAAACCUAUCAUUCAAGUUUGUUAAGUGAACAAGCCUUUUUUUUAAUAUUAAAAAUUAUGCAUAUGAUACAUGGUUGGGGGGGGGGAGUAAGGAAGACAUACGAAUUUUAUGAAGGUUUAGGUGGGGCAAGGUGGGGAAACACUGGACUAGACAUUACGCAAUUAUAAGCAUAACAAUACGUCACGAAGACACGCGCGGGAAGAGCGCUCACUAACUAAUUAUUUAUUUAUUUAUUUAUUUAGGCAUUUUUAUAUAGCGCUUACCAUAAAGCUCUAAGCGCUUUACAAUUAUUAAAACAUGUAAACUAAGUAAACAAAAAUGAGACACUAGGAUAGUAACUUCUAUACUAUAGAAACAAUGAAAAUGGCUAUAAAACGAGGACACUUUGACACUUCAGGAUCAACCCGAAACAGAAAAUGAGGUAGGGCAAGGAGGGUGCAUCACAGGUCAUAGGCGGACCUAAACAGAUGAGUUUUAAGGGACUUUUUGAAAAUGGACGAGGUUUCACAAUGACGGAUAUGGAAGGGGAGCUGGUUCCAGAACGUGGGCCCAUGAAAGCAGAAGGAGCGUUCACCGAUGGUGUUAGUUUUGGUUCUUGGGAUUGAGAGGGUUCUAAUUAAUUUCUCAAAAACAUAUUUUCGUGUAUUCAAACAGGAUAAUUAGUCGCAACGAUUACUAAUGAACUCCCAUGCUCGACAGAUUCAAGAAUUUUUUACCGUUCGUAGCUUCAACUUAACUGUCAUUGUGUUUGAUAAAAACAACAGAUUCACGUUGUCUAAACAAUGUAGUGGAAACAAUUCUUCCUCAAGGAUGUGAAAUAAACUCACCACUGCACACAUGUCCUUCAGUUCAAUGAGAUUUUGUAUGAUUUUCAAGAAAACUCAAAUGUUGUUUUUAGUUAUUUGCCAUUCUUAAGUUUUAAAAUAGUCCAGGGGAGGUAAUGUACGUUAUUCUCUUCUAAUACUUCUCUGUAAAGGGUUACUCGUAAAGGUUCAUUUAAAAAAAAAUUUAGCUUUGAUUUGAUAAUAAGUAGUUAAAUGAGUAGAAUGUUAAAUUAAAAAAAAAAAAACAUCAUUUUCAAGGCCUUCAAAAACCUAUACAGUAAUUAAAUCAGUAUCUGUUUACAACACAUCUCAAAAAUCACAAUUCAAUUUCUGUUCCAGUUUUUUGUGACGUCAUUCCAGACCCAUUUCCUGAUACAGAAACACACGAACUGAUGGACUUGUACAGGGGUCGCCUUGAUCCAAUUCCUGUUGGGACGACCCACCACUUCCAUAUUGACGCCUGGACCGUUUAUGAAUGUAGCUGCCCUGUAAGCUGAUAAAAUGUUUUAUCCUAUGAAAUGUUACAGUUAUAUAUAUAUUAUAUAUUUAUAUGUAGUUCGUCCUUCCAAAUCAACCAUGACGCUAACCAUUUUAAUCAUCGUAUUCGCGUUAAUUCUUAAUUUGUCCGUGGGUGAGCAGAUGGCUCAUGAGACCGACCGAUUCUGGCCCGAAAUAUUCUUGUGUAGUACAGGGAAUGGAUGGGACAUCUCCAGGUGUAGGAUUGACCCGAGCUUUUCAUGCGUAACUUUUGUGCUUUGUAGAUGUCGUUCUGUUGGCUUCAUGUUGAAUGAAGCCUUUAUGUAAAGAGGAACACCACACUGCUCGAUCCUUUGCCGCUUAUUCCCAUGUGCCCGGGUCUAUGUCGAAUGCUUUCAGUAAGGCUUUUAGGUUGUCUGUAUGUCGUGAGUAUACAGGAAGUCCCUGAUGAUUGUCAGUAACUUGGAUCUAGCAUGUAGUCUCUUGAGGUUAAAUAGUUGAAAACAUGAGACAGAAAAGUGGGGAGCCUGGACAACCUGGACACAACAUUGUUUGAAUCCAUUAUUCGACUCCAUUGGUCGGGAAACAUUGGACUAGACAAUACGUCAUAAUAAGCAUGUAACUAUGUCACGAAGUCAAACGCGGGAAGAGCGUUCACUAACUAAUUAAUCUCUCAAAAAACAUAUCGCGAGUAAUGAAACAUGGUAUCCAGUCGUAACGAUUAUUAAUGAACUCCCAUGCUCGAUAGAUUCCAAGAAAUUUUUACCGCCAGUAGCUUCAACUUAACUGUCAUUGUGCUUGAUAAAAACAACAGAUUCACUUUUUCUAAACAAUGUAGUGUAAACUAUAUUUAAUAAAAUUACUGUACUAAUGAUAUGGCAUUUCUUGGUCAUCUCUAUUUGGCCACCAUUUUCCAAAGAACAUCUCUACUGACAGUGUCGAAAGCCUACGUCAGUUCUACAUAGUCGGAUGAGACGUCAACACUCUUUUUCCUUGCAUUUUUCAUAUGACCGCCUGACUGCAAACACCAAAUCAAUAGUUCCGUGAUCUUAACGGAAACCACAUUGACUAUCUGGCAGGAGACCCUUCUCAAGAAACGCAUUAAGACGUUUUUUUUCGAAGUAUCUUGCCUGCAUUAGAGAGUAAGGAGAUGUCCAGAUGAUUGUUGCAAGAUUAACGGUUCCAAAUCAGGAGUAGUUCGUAAUGUUUGGUGUCUUCGAUGCUCAACAAGGAUUUUAUAAUAUAUAACAAGUGUGGUUGCACAUUCUUUAAAAUAAUUUAAAUUUCUUUGAACGGGUUAAAGUUGUUUGAUGAAUGAAAGCAAACAAUACAACUGACCUUUCCAUGUCCAUCCUUAGGAUUGAUGCAAAGAUAUGGUGAGCUAAUAUUUUAUUAUGAAUUAAUCCUGGUAUGCCUAGUAGUGAAGACGUAAUGGUUCACGCGCGUCAGCUCUGUCUAACGGUUAUUUCUAGGUGAGAUGCCAUCUGUACCUGUUGAGCUUGGUUUAUCUCAUAGGACAAUCUGACGAUUUACCUUGGUUUAUUACAUAAGACAAUAUAUUUACCUUGGUUUAUUACAUAAGACAAUCUAUUUACUUUGGUUUAUUACAUAAGACAAUCUGACUAUUUACCUUAGUUUAUUACAUAAGACAAUCUAUUUACUUUGGUUUAUUACAUAAGACAAUCUGACUAUUUACCUUGGUUUAUUACAUAAGACAAUCUGGCUAUUUACCUUGGUUUAUUACAUAAGACAAUCUAUUUACUUUGGUUUAUUACAUAAGACAAUCUGGCUAUUUACCUUGGUUUAUUACAUAAGACAAUCUGGCUAUUUACCUUGGUUUAUUACAUAAGACAAUCUAUUUACUUUGGUUAAUUAAAUAAGACAAUCUGACUAUUUACCUUGGUUUAUCACUUAAGAUAAUCUGACUAUGUAACUUGGUUUAUUACACAUGAUAAUCUGACUAUGUACCUUGGUUUAUUACAUAAGAGAUACAAUACUUUGAAGAACAAUUUUUAUUUGGAAAAGAUGAAACUUAAAACAAUUGCACUCUGGAUUUAACUCACGUGGAGAUAACUGUCUUAAACAGCCAUGAACAUACAGAUUCACAAACAGGCAAACACGAGAUAACUGUCUUAAACAGCCAUGAACAUACAGAUUCAAAAACAGGCAAACACGAGAUAAAUGUCUUGAACAGCUAAGAACAUACAGAUUCACAAACAGGCAAACACGAGAUAACUGUCUUAAACAGCCAUGAACAUACAGAUUAACAAACACGCAAACAUGUUUACACACAGAGUCAUGCAUAGACACGCACAGACAAACACAGAUUCACACAGUCGCAAGCGCAGACACACAUAAAUAUAUAAAUACAUUUCGAACUCACCUGCAAACUUUUCCUUUAUGUAAAAGUGACGUUUUAAAACAACUGUCGGCACAUUUUAAUGUCUUGUUCUCAAUACAAUGACAGAGUUGAUCUUUGGAUGUAUUUCUUUCCUUUAGCGCAACGGUACAGCCGUGUGUGUGUGGAGCUGAUGGAUGGCGUAGUCAGGAUGUUUCGCAUACACAUGUUCACAUCUCAAUGACAGUUUUUAUGUGUGGUCUGAACCAUGGAACAUUCUCACUUGAAAUGUAUGGUUUAAGAAUUUGAUUAAACCAAAAAAAAACAUGAAAGACAAAGCUGUCUGCCUGUCUGCCUGUCAGUCUGUCUUUCCGUCUUCUGUCAACCGUUGUUUGAGUGGCGGUGCAAUUUGUGGCAUUUGUAAUUAUUUUAGCAGUAGAAGCUCAAAGUGUAUCCAUAAAAAUCGUAUUAAAUAUACAAUUUUACCUAUGAAAUAAUACGUACCUGAUUAUAUUCCAACCGCCGCCGACCCACCUCUUUAAAAAAACACAUGUUUCUCCUCCCCAGCUGAAAUCUAGCUACAUGAAGCUAAUAGAAUUUUAAAAGAUAUAAUAAAAUAAAAACUUUUUCAUAUAAAUCCUUUAUAUCAUUUUUUAUUGCAUUUAUGUCAUUUUACCGGAUUUAUCAUUGAUGUGAUUGUAGCAACUUAUUUUUUGGUAUCGGAAUGGUUUCUUACCCUUAGUAAACAAGAAAACACCAUUUUUGUAUGUUGGUGGUGGGGGUUGGGGCGGUAAUUUUGAAAAAAAAUGUGUUGUCAUAAGUGUCACAGAGAUAAGUUGAGUUAAGGGAGUUAAGAGAGGUGAGAAUUAGAACUGAGAACUUAUAGAGUAUGGAACUUGAAAAAGACGGACCAAUCAGGGAGAAGAUAAGAUAGAGGAGAGAAUCAUGGCGGUUAUUAUAAGUUUAAGUCCAUGAUAUUAAUAUAUUAAUUAGUAAGAUAAUGAAUAGGUUAUAAGAAUGAUAAGUAUUCUUUAUGUGUGAUUAUGAUUACUUAUUCGUGAGUGUGUAUUUAUAAUAAAUGAUAGUCACUAUCUUUAAAUGAAUUACACAACGCCUCUGUUGUUGAUAGACUGAUACUGAUAGUAUUAAAUUAUCACUGAUAGUGACAUUAGCAUUGUGUGAUCUGUGUGCACUGUAUGUGAAUAUAGACGUGACGAACAACUGUAACUAAUUGUGAAUUCGGUAUAAUCUCUUGUUUACUUCAAGAAUUUUGUGGAAAUCUUUAAUUACGAUUCAACUUAAUCGAACUGUUAGGUGAAAAAGACAGACAUGAUACUUUUCUGAACUUCUCAAUUCAAUGACCUCGUAAUCUCCUAUGAUGGCGAGUGAUAUCUAGGUUUGGAGGAAAAUGUGGAAUUGAUGACAUAAGCUUACAUAUGAGUGGAGGAAAAUGAUGACUUACUUUGCUUAGUGUGGAGGAAAAUGAUGACUUACUUUGCUUAGUGUGGAGGAAAAUGAUGACUUACUUUGCUUAGUGUGGCGGAAAAUGAUGACUUACUUUGCUUAGUGUGGAGGAAAAUGAUGACUUACUUUACUUGUGUGGAGGAAAAUAGUGUGGAGGUAAAAGUGAAUUAAACCACAUGAUGACCUUAUCAUAACCAAAGACUCAUUGAAAACGAGACGUAAAAGAAGAAGAAAGAACAUUAUUUAAGAUUAACUUUAUUAAUUGUAUUACAUGUUGUGUAAAGAAUAAAUUUGUAUCAGUG